AUGGCUCCUAUCAAGGACGAGACAAUCGAUGGCCUUAAGAGCAUCAUCAGCGAGCUGGAGUCGCGGGUGGUUCAAUUGGAAGGGCGAUUACUUCACGGAGGCGGCUCUUCACAACCAAAGUCCAUCACAGACUCUGUGCGGAUGAUCUUGAUGGGCCCUCCAGGCGCUGGCAAGGGAACGCAAGCACCCAAAAUCAAGGACAAGUUCUGCGUGUGUCACUUGGCUACCGGAGACAUGCUACGAUCACAAGUCGCUCGCAAGACCGAGUUGGGCAAGGAAGCGAAAAAGAUCAUGGACCAAGGCGGAUUGGUCAGCGAUGAGAUUAUGGUUAACAUGAUCAAGCACGAAUUGGAAAAUAACAAGGAGUGCCAGAACGGCUUUAUCCUGGACGGAUUCCCCCGCACUGUCGCCCAGGCUGAAAGGUUAGACAGCAUGCUGAAUUCCCGCGGCCAGAAGCUUCAACAUGCCGUCGAGCUCCAGAUUGACGACUCUCUCCUCGUUGCACGGAUAACUGGCCGCCUGGUGCAUCCCGCUUCAGGACGCUCGUAUCACAAGAUCUUCAACCCGCCAAAGGAGGCCAUGAAGGAUGAUGUCACCGGCGAGCCAUUGAUCCAGCGGUCAGAUGACAACGCGGAUGCGCUGAAGAAGAGGCUGAAGACGUACCACUCGCAGACGGAACCUGUUGUGGGAUACUACAAGACCACCGGCAUCUGGAGGGGGAUCGAUGCUAGCCAGGAGCCUGGACAGGUGUGGAAGAGCCUGCUGCAAGUCUUCGAUGCGGAUAAGGCUGCGUCCUCGAGUGGGAUACUUGACAAGAUCGGCUUGUCGAAAUAA